AUGUCUUUAAUUGAUGAUUAUUCAAAAGUCAAAGUUUAUACAUGGUAUCUUAGAUCAUUACUUUGUUUAGCAUUAAAACAACGUGAUCAUCUUCGAUUACAAAGUUUGAAGUAUAUUGUAGAACUAGCAAAUAAAUAUUUUCUAUCUUCAUCAUCAACUAUUGAUAGAAUAUCUGAUGUUGAAGACUUAUUGUUUACAUGGGUAAAUCUAAUUGUAACACCACGAUUACGAGAAAAUUUACCAGAAUGUUUUGAACAAAUACAAGAACAGCAGCAAAGUGGAGAAUUUUACAAUAAAAAAUUUAUUUGGUUAAGAUUUAAUUUAUUGGAAUCGAUUGUAUUCAUAUUUUAUGAAAUGGGAUCAUAUUUUGAUGAAGAAAGUGAUGAUGAAGAUGAAGGAAAUAUUGAUCCAGUAACUGUCUAUUCUCUUUUUAAAGAUGACUACGUUGAUAUACCAUUUUUAAAACUUGAUGGCACAUCAACAAAUACAGAUGAUUACAAUAUUGUACCAGUGCAGAAAACACAUCUUCAAGGUGUUUUAGAAAUUUUGAUUUCAAUGGUGAGUGUACCAUUAAUAGAUAGACCACCAUCAAGAGGUUUUCAUGAUGCUGCAUUACAAAAAUCUAUUGUUAUCUUUAAAUUAAAGUCUGAUUUAUUUGCAUUAGAAAAAAAUGAUCCUGCAUAUGUAUAUAUAAGUACGGAAGAAAAAAUAUAUAUAGAAAAACGUCAUGAUCUAUGCUGUGAACAAAUGAAAAAUGUAUUCCAUGCUGCAUUACAAUUAUCAACAGAUCAAAAAUGGAAAAUUAAAGCGAAUAUGAGUUAUGUAUAUUAUUUUCUAUUUGGUUAUUAUGAUGAAGCUAUGGAUGUAAUGAAAACAGUCAUAAAAGAGUAUAACACUGACAUGCAGAAGAGAGACUACUAUGCAUUGUCAAUAAUCGAAUCUGAUGAUGCCGCCAAUAAAUGUCCAAUAUUAUCAUAUUUAUUUAAGAAAUUAAAUAAAACUGACGUAGGUAUUCCAAUAUUUGUUCUUGCUUAUUACACACUUUUUCAAUCAUAUCGUAUGACUAAUCAAUGGGAUAAUAGUCAAGAAUAUAUUGAACAGUUUCAACACAUAUGUACCAGUUUGAACAUCGAUUCUAGAGAAGAUUAUGACAAAACAAUUGUUAUAUUACUUCUUGCGACAGCUUUCUUUUGUUUAGGGUUACUCGACAAAGCAUUAAAUUUAAUAAAACAACUUCCAGAAACUGUAACUGACUUAGCUGAUGAAUUAUUAUCAAUGUGCGGCAUAAAGUGUUUUCUAUGCCUAAUAGACGUACAACAUAUUAUGGAUCAUGGUUUAACACUUGAAUUACCUUAUGUACUAUCAGAAUGUGGUGAUCCAAAUGAAACAAUCCAUGUUAAACCACAGCAAAUUAAACAAAAAUUGUCCUUGCUUAUUAUUCGUCAUGGGUAUGAUUGUUAUAAGAUGCGUUCAUGGCGAAUUCACGAACUAACAAUUUUGGAUGAAUUAAAAAAAUGA